AUGGAAAGCAAAGAGUUUGGAACAGCUAUCCCCACACCAGGCGUAGAUAUACCGAUCUCAUCGUCCACGGUAAAUGUGCGGGUUAUCGAUACCAACACUCUUGUCCAUUUGAACCCGAAACUGUUCUGGGAGCCAAUGAUCGAGGGAUUCACCGGCUUCCACGCACCUUCAUACUGCUUCCUCGUAUCCAGCGGCACCCGGAACGCCGUAUUUGAUCUCGGUAUCCGUACCGACUGGCGGAACUAUGCUCCAAAGGUUGUUUCAGUUAUUGAAGAAACAACGGUUAUCACAGUAGGAUCAGAUGUAGCCUCGAUCAUCGAGUCCGAUGCUGGUGGCCUUAAUCUCCGGCGCGAAGACAUACAGGCAGUGAUAUGGUCACAUAACCACUUCGACCAUAUUGGGGACAUGUCUGUCUUUCCACCUACUACGGACCUCGUAGUCGGACCUGGAGCCAGAGAUAUAGCUCUCUCAGGCUGGCCGCAGAACCCAGACUCAUUUGUCCUGGAAAGUGAUACUUCUGGAAGAGUCGUUCGAGAGAUAUCCUUUGACAACUGCCCGAGUAUUGGCCGAUUUAGAGCCAAGGAUUUCUUUGGCAAUGGAUCCUUCUAUCUGCUCGAUGCACCUGGCCAUGCUCAAGGGCAUCUAUGCGCACUUGCACGUACCACGGCUGACCCUCCUUCGUUUAUUUUCAUGGGCGCUGACGCUUGCCACCAUCCAGGCGUACUUCGGCCAUCGUCAUAUCUGCCUCUGCCGGUUUCAGUUAAACAGGGCGAAGAUAAAAGCACUGGUCAUAGAGUCUUGGUUCGAGACUAUGCUCGUACAAGAUGUCCUACCAAAUCAAUAUUCGAGGUUUCCCAUGGAUUUCUCUUUCCAGACCGCGAUGCGGCCAUGGAGACGGUAGGGAAAGUCCAGGAGUUUGAUGCUCUAGAUAAUGUUUUCGUGAUUAUAAGCCAUGACGUCUCUCUCUCAGGCGUGAUUCCUCUGUUCCCCCAGACAAUUAAUAGCUGGAAAACAGAUGAUUUAAAGGGGAAAACAAGAUGGCGAUUUUGCGGAUAUUAA